AUGGAUCUCGCCAACACGCUCAUCAGAAGCGUUGUACGUGCCUUCUACGAGACCCGCCACAUCUUGGUCGUCGAUGCGCUCUUCCUACACUCGGUCCUCCAUGCGGAGGAUCUCGCUUUUUUGAUGGGGAUGCAGCAAAAGGACCUGCGCAAGCUUUGCGCCCGGCUGCGGGAGGAUCGUUUGAUUGCAGUGAGCACGCGCGCAGAAAUUCGCGAUGGCUCGACUCGGCCCGUGAACCGCGAAUACUAUUAUAUACCCCUGCACCCGGUCAUCGACGCGAUCAAGUAUAAGGUUUCCAAAUUAACAUCGACGAUCAAAGCCCAGUACACCCCGAGCGAGGAGCGCAAGGAAUACAUUUGUCUGCGAUGCCUGGCCGAAUGGACCGAGCUGGACGUGCUCAGCCUAGUUUCCGAGGAAGGAUUUGAGUGUCAGAACUGCGGGGCGAUCCUGGAGCGGACCGAGGAUGUUAGAGGCACGGAGGGCAUUGACCGAACAGGACAUGAGAAGAACAGCAAGCUCAUGGCACAGCUUGACAAAAUGCUCAAGCUGCUGAAGCAAAUUGACUCAGUGGAAAUCCCACCCAACGACUUUGACACCGCCUGGGACCACAAGGUUGAGGUUCCCCGGAACCAGAGCACUCACCCGAUUCGUGCGGCUAUCGCGGUGCCUCCCAAGACCCAAGAUGUUGUCCGUGGAAAUAUCAAGACCGAUGCUGCUGCUUUGGAGAUCUCUCUCACGUCCAGCGCCGAGAAGAGUGCCGCCGAGCAGGCCGAGGAGGCUGCUCGGAAGAUUGCCGUGGAAAAGCAGAACGCUUUGCCCGUAUGGCACACGCAUUCCACUGUGAAUGCCGCCCAAGGUACUGCGCAGCUGAAGAACGACGCUGGUGCUCCUCUGAAGUCAGAGCUUGAGGAUGAGGACCAGAAGCCUAGCAUGGACGCCUUGGACGCCAAGGUUGCCGCAUACUAUGCUGAGAUGGAGAAAGAGAAUGCUAUGCAGGCACAAGCAGAUGCCAGCAGUGCCGAGGAGGACUCGGAUGACUUUGACGAGGAGUUUGAAGACGUGGGAAUAUCUGGCCCCAGUGGUCCAGGUACCCCAGCCACUGGAGCUGGCCCUACCAGUUUCCCUAUGCCUUCGCCUGGACUGGCUGGGGUCAAGAGAGAACAUGAUACCUCCAGCGCUGCUCCUUCCACCGUUGGUACCCCGUCUACACCUGCUGAUGAUGGACCCGCGAUGAAGAAGAUCAAGAUGGAGUCGGGGACCAACUCCGAGCCUACCAUCAAGCCUGAGUUUGAUGCGAAGCCUGAGCCCGACUUGCAGGAUGAAGAGUCUGAUGAGGACGAUGAAGAGUUUGAGGAUGUAUGA